UUGAUUAACAGUAUGCAAAUCAGUGAGCCAAAUGAACAACUCCCUUGGUUCCCAACGUUCACCAAAGGAGCUGUUCAUUCACGAACGACCGGCCAUCCAAGGCUCUCUCUUUCUCUACUGCUAUUAUGGGUCGCAUGCACGCUCCCGGAAAGGGCUUGUCCCAGUCGGCGCUGCCUUACAGGCGAAGUGUCCCCACUUGGCUGAAGCUGACAUCUGAUGAUGUCAAGGAACAGAUCUUCAAGCUGGCCAAGAAGGGAUUGACCCCAUCUCAGAUUGGUGUCAUUCUGAGGGACUCCCACGGUGUGGCCCAGGUGCGGUUUGUCACCGGGAACAAGAUUCUGAGGAUCCUCAAGACCAAGGGCCUGGCCCCAGAUCUUCCCGAGGACCUGUACCACCUCAUCAAGAAGGCUGUGGCUGUCAGGAAGCAUCUGGAGAGGAACAGAAAGGAAGCUGAAAAUGCUGCAGUUCUUCCAUGGUCUGCAUACUCACAAGACAUGUCACCCACUAAGCAUGUUUAGGAUGCUCUGGAUCAACGUGUAUGACAGCGUGUUCCAGUUCCCACCAAUAUCCAGGAACUUGGCACAGACAUUGAAGAGGAGUGGGACAACAUUCCACAGGCCACAGCCCGAUCAACUCUAUGCAAAGGAAAUGUGUCGUGCUGCAUGAGGAAAAUUGUGGUCACACCAGAUACUGACUGGUUUUCUGAUCUACGCUCCUAGCUUUUUUUAAGGUAUCUGUGACCAGCAGAUGCAUAUCUGUAUUCCCAGUCAUGUGAAAUUAAUAGAUUAGGGACUAAUGAAUUCAUUUCAAUUGACUGAUUUCCUCAUAUGAACUGUAACUCAAUAAAAUCAAUGAAAUUGUU